AUGAGCCUUGAUCAAAAAGUAGAUUCGCAUAUUCAGUGGAACCACGUGUUUGGCUACAUCGAUUCGGAGUGGAUUACUCAUAAAUUGCCAAAGGAGGUGAUUCCAAUCCCGCGAGAGCACGUUCCCGAUCCGGACGCGGACGCCCUCCCGGCAACUUUGGCCAACAAGGAGAACGCUAUUGAAGCCGCUCAAAAGACCAGUUUCUCAUUAAAUUUUUCAAACAGGCAUAUUCAUUGCGCAACAAUGGGUAAUGAACAAUCAGCGUCUGGUCCUUCAAACUCUACUCAACCAUCCACUUCUACUUUUUCAUUUCUAUCAAAUCGAGCAAGCGUCAAGAAAGUCGGCGGCAUAGUCAAGGUUUCCGAUGGGCAAUCAAAGCUAAUCGAUCCAAAUGAUGAUCCCGAUUAUAAGAGAUUAAUGGACAUUCCCCGUUUUCUACCAAUAUUGCGAGACACGGUUCCUGCUGGUAGAAGACUUGCACAGGAUAAUCAAAAUCUUUUCUCUUAUCGACCACUUUGGCGUUUGUCCGUAAGGCUGCAAUCACAUCUGCACGGUCAGGCUCAGGGGAUUGCACAAGAACAGGGAAGAAUAACUCAACUCAUCAAAACGGUUGAUGUUACCUCGGCUGGUAUUGCUGCAAAGUUAUUGGAGCGACGUAAAAAAUACGACCGGCUUAGGGGUGCCCUUGCUCAUGUUACACAAUUACGAGACGAAGUUGUGCGAAUACAGCUUUUACUCGAAGAAAUUGUGCCAACCGUGGAUACGCUCAAUGAGUUGCUUACUCCAUCGUCUCGACUACCUCCGCUUGACCUCAAAACAAUUCUCAACAAAAAGGACGAUGAUUUAGCAUCGCAUAUCUUUCACCAAGUGCCGGUUGAAGAGACCCAAGUUGUCGACGCU